GUAAUACUCAGCUAACGCUUCCUCCUCCGCUAUUCCGCGUUACGACCUGAAGCUGUGAAGACGUGCAUUUCAGAGCUCCACUUUCGACACAUAGAGCAACUCUUAGUGAUAAAUGCAGUCAGGAUUCUAGCCUCAAUCAUGUCCACUGUUGAGGGAGCAAGAAGUUCACCAACAUCUCCCAAGUCCAAAUUCGAUCCAGAGAUCAGCAUGUCGGAAUCAAACUCUCCUUAUCAGACCGUGAUUACGGCCGUAUCUCCUCCUCGCCGAGGUUCAGGAUCAAUGCUAGUGCGAUACUUCGAGCAAGUCAAGAAAACAGUCGAAGAGUUCAUCGAGGAUGUGGGCUACGCCGAGAUGCGCCCCGAUCAUGAUCUAGAUCCUGAUGAAUCUGAUGUGCGGCUCCGAGUUGCUGCGGCUCGUAUCCCUCGAAUUCAACAGCGACUGAACAAUUUGAGUGAGAAAGAAGCCACAUUGACCAAGUCUUUGCUUGAUCAGGGGAUUGAAGAUCCGCACCAUUUGAUGGAAAAGAUUGAAACGAUUGUUGAUUCCUUCGAAAGAAGUCAGCAAUCACUCCAUCAGAAACUAGCUAAUCGUCCAAAUCUGCGUCAAGAUUUAUUGCCGUCUUUGCCUAUUGCAACAACUCAGGACGUUGGAUCAUAUGCUGUCACACCUGUCAAGUCUGUGGAUGAUUACGAUGCUACCAAACACGUCGAUCCUAAAUUCGAUGGAGAUAAGUCAGACCCCGAAUGUCUUCAGAAAUUCAGCUCUUGGAAGUCGGCAUGGGAUUCAGCUCAUGCCACUUUGAGAACGCUGGAGGGUUACAGUUCAAAAGCCGCUUUCAAACACCUCGAGAGUGUCCUCACAGGAGAAGCCCUCAAAAAGAUACGACUAAUCAAUCGAUCAGGUGGAACUUAUGAGUUGGCCAUUAACAAGCUUGAGUCUUUCUUCGGCAACAAGUUGGGCCUCGCGGCCAAUUAUUUAACGUCAGUAGGAGAAUUUGAAGGAAGCAAUCUGAACAUGGCCGCCGUAAUCCAGGACUCAGUGGUUGGCCUGGAGAGCCUUCAAGAUACUUUUGUCGAAGACAAGGUGGAUCCCUUUCAAUUUAGCAUUAUCCACCAUUUGCAAACUCUGAUGGAGUCUAGACCCACCAUGGCUGAGUCUUGGUUACACUUCAAGAAGCGCCGACAUGAAGAAUUUCUGGCCCAACAAAUUGGCGAGAAAUGGCAUCCCAGCAUCGUAGAAAAUUCUACAUCUUUCAAGGCUUGGUUGGACACUUUUCGAGCCAACCGACCCACCGCCAAGAGUAUGAACAGUAAAGUCAAGCCAAGUGCACGUGGUUCUUUGAGUCGAGGCCUUCAUAGGCCGAAAAAAGUCUGUUUCGUUUGCAGAGGUGAUCAUCGACCAUUUCAAUGUCCAACAGCUGUCUCCUUCACCUACACGGAAUGGUUUCAAAUCUGCAAAACAGAAAACAAAUGCCAAAGAUGCCUCAUUCCAUGGACUUCCGGUCACGUUUGUGAAAGCCUCUGUAGCUUCUGUGGCCGUGGUCACAAUAAGGUUCUUUGCCCUGAGAACCGUAAUCGUAAGAAAAUAUCUAGCGUCACUAAGCGACCUCGUUCCCCAUCAUCUCGCACCUUCUCCAGCAAAGUCUCUCGUGGCCGCAGUCGUGAUCGCACUUCCGGGGAACCUCGUGAUCGAAACAGGGAUCGAAGCAAUGAUCGGAUUUGUGAUCGAAGCAAUGAUCGGAUUUGUGAUCGAAGCAAUGAUCGAAUUAGGGAUCGAAGCAAUGAUCGAAUUAGGGAUCGAAGCAAUGAUCGAAUUAGGGAUCGAAUUGCCAGUGAUCGUGAUCGAAUUGCUAGGGAACGUGAUCAUAUCCGAGGACGGAGGUUGUCGAGAGGGACUUCACGGCGAAGUAACUCCAGGGGAGCAAGAGUAGAACAAGACCAAAGAAAUGUUGAAAAUAGUGGUAGAACGCGGCAUCGCCAUGAAGUAUCCCAGGUUCGAAGAGACUGAGAGAAUCCAAAAGAUGACUUUCCCCCUCUUCAAACAUCACUUAUAUCAUCAUAUCUCUGAGGUUCAUUUCCAUGUUUCUUUGUACAAUCUGUUUGCAUUUCAAUAACAGAAUAUACGCACUCCUGAAUCGA